AUGGGUUCUAACCUCAGCACCGGUGGAGAUGCGGACCGUUCUACCGUGGCUCCUGCAGCUAAGACUGCUGAAAAUUCGGCUUUUGCAACUUCUCCUAUGGCAGCUUCUUCUUUUUCUUCUGUAAGUGUGGAUUCUAUGACCGUAAAUUCUGCAACUGCAGCGGUCAUAACCUCUAAUUCUGCUACCGUGAAAGCUCACGUGAGUGCUCCGGAGACUGCAAAAGUGGCUGUUGCUUCCAGUUCUUGGGAACAUGACGUUUUCUUGAGUUUCAGAGGUGAAGGGGAACAUGACGUUUUCUUGAGUUUCAGAGGUGAAGUCAGGCACGAGUUUGUUAGCAAUUUGUAUAACGCUUUGACUGAAAAAGGAAUUAGAACCUACAAAGAUGAUAGGAGCCUCGACAAAGGGAAAACAAUCACUCCUGCACUCCUUAAAGCGAUUCAGGAGUCAAGGUUUUGUGUCGUAGUUCUUUCUGAGAAGUAUGGUUCUUCCUCUUUUUGCUUGGAUGAACUCAUGAAGAUCACUGAACGUAUCCCAGAUUCAGAGACGGAUGAACAGAAAUAUACAAUGAGAGAUACAGUUUUGCCAAUAUUCUACAAUGUGGAUCCAUCAGAUGUGCGCAAGCAGACUGGUAAGUUUGGAAUAAAAUUUGCCAAGUCAAUAUCUAAAUAUCCUGAGAAGGUGGAGGGGUGGACAUUAGCUCUUCUAAAGGCAGGAAACAAAUCUGGAUGGGAUGCGAGAGAUAGAGAUAUUCCUACUCUUAUUGAUGAAAUUGUAAUCUAUAUCUUGAAAAAAUUGAGUCGUACGUCCCCCAAAAGAGCUAAACACCUAGUUGGAAUGGAUUCCAGAGUAGAGGAAAUGAAAUCAAAAUUACAUCUGGGGCUGGACGAUGUUCGCAUAGUUGGUAUAUGGGGAAUGGGAGGAAUUGGUAAAACAACCAUAGCUAAAGCUGUUUAUGACAGUAUAUAUCGCCAAUUCAAAAAUGAUUGUUUUCUUGAAAGAGUUGGAAAAGUGGCAGAAACAUUCGGUCUUCAACAUUUACAGGAACAGCUUCUUUCCAAACUGUUAAAGGAAGAUAUCCAGACAAUAAGAAACCUGGGUGGAAAUUUUGAUGCAAUAAGGGAAAGGUUACAGUAUAUGCGUGUCCUUAUUGUUCUUGAUGGUGUGGAUAAUGGCGAAGAGAUGGAAGCCUUAGCAGCGGACCAUGACUGGUUUGGUCCUGGUAGUAGGAUUAUUAUAACAACUACAGAUCGCAACUUACUACUUGCACAUGGAGUGGAUGAAAUUUAUGAGCCUAAAGGUCUAAACCAUAAUGAAUCACAUUCUUUGUUCACUCAAUAUGCCGUCAAGAAUAGCUAUCCUGUAGAUAAAUUCAUUAAAUUCAUGGAGCUCUCACGCCUUAUGGUGAAGUAUGCUGAAGGUGUUCCUUUAGCUCUGAAGGUUCUUGGUUCCUUUUUAGCUCCCAAGAAUGAAACUGAAUGGCAAAGUGAAUUGCUUAAACUUGAAAAAUAUCCGAAUAUAAAGAUCCAACAAGUGCUGAAGAUCAGUUAUGAUGGGCUUGAUGAUCCGCAAAAAUAUACAUUUCUUGAUAUUGCAUGUUUUUUUAACGGGGAGGAUAAAUCUUAUGUGGUGAAAGUAUUAGAAGGCUGUGGAUUCCAUGCAGAUGGUAGUCUGAAGGCUCUCGUUGAUAAAUGUCUGAUUACCAUUUUAGAUAAUAAGAUAUGGAUGAAUGGUUUACUGCAAAAAAUGGGACGGGAUAUUGUUCGUCGACAGUCUCCAAGAAAGCCCGGUGAACGCAGCAGAUUGUGGGAUCACGAAGAUGUGUACCGAGUGUUGGAAGAAAAUGCGGCGACAGACAAUAUUGAGGGUAUGAUCCUGGAUUUGUCUAAAGUAGACAAUUUAGUUAUUGAUACCGAAGUCUUCUGGAGGAUGAAGCGCCUUAGAGUGCUUAAGAUCUGCUAUGUUGACCAUUCUGGGGGUUUUGAAUACCUAACCCAAAAUUCAAGAACAUAUGCUAUAAGGCCACCCAAAAAGUCUCGUGCAAUUCUUUAUGGAGAUUUUUCAAAAUUGUCUAACGACUUGCGGUGCUUGUAUUGGCAUGGAUGUCCCCAAGAUUUGCCAUCAAAAUUUUAUCCAGUGAACCUUGUUGAACUCAAUAUGUCAUACAGCAGCAUAACAAAGCUUCCAACAGAAAGCAAGUGUUUCGACAAUUUGAGGUUCAUCAAACUCAGUCACUGUCAGAAACUCACUAUGACACCAGAUUUUUAUGGGGUCCAAAAGCUUGAGAUACUUAUUCUCGAAGGGUGCAAAAGUUUAAUACAGGUUCAUCCGUCUCUGGGUUCUCUCAAAAGCCUCAGAUUAUUAAAUCUGAAAGACUGCUCACUUCUUCAGUCCUUUCCAAGUGAACUUCGCACAAUAUCUCUGGAGAUUCUCAUACUCUCUGGAUGCUCACUGCUUAAUAAAUUUCCUGAGAUUAAGGAUAAUAUGGAAAUCUUGUCAGAGCUUUUUCUAGAUGACACUGCUAUACAAGCACUACCUUCAUCUAUUGAAAAGCUUACGGGUCUUGUUCUUCUGAGUGCCAAGAAUUGUAAAUAUCUUUGGGAUCUUCCAACAAGCAUUGGACAUUUAAAGCAUCUGAAGAGUACUUAUUUUUCAGGAUGCCCCAAUCAUUACACAUUGCUAAAGGAGCUACAAUGCCUGGAGAACUUGGAAGAACUUUAUCUAGAUAAAGUGACAAUAAAAAAUCCACCACUCCCUAUCUGCUCUUUUACGAAGCUUAAAGUACUUUCAUUUCGUGAAUGUGAGAAUUUUCCAUUUGUAAACACAGAACAGAGUCUGCCAGAAGAAAAUAGAGAGAAUUUGUCACCAUAUUUUUAUGGCAGUUUAUCCUGUUUAACAAGUCUUGAUCUCAGCUACUGCAAUUUGACAGAAGUAUCAAUCCCUAAAGAAUUUGGCCUGUUAGAGUCUUUGAAGGAAUUAAAUCUGAGUGGAAACUACUUUUACACAUUACCCUGUUUUAAACGAGUCCUUCUGAUCUCGAGCUACUGCAAUUUGACAGAAGUACAAAAUCCCUAA